AUUUACAUGACAAUUUACAAUAAGAUUUGUUACGGUAAACUAAAACAGAAAAUUUGUAUUAAUGUGCAAGAUAGAAGCAUUGAUGUAUCUACAUAUUGUGAGGGUCUCAGGAUCAGAUACGACACAUCCCCACUAACAUGUCAUCAAACAAUUUCAGGAAUUUUUAAAUAGGCCUAUUUUCAAUUCUGUGCGAGAAUAUAAGAUACCGUAACACAGGCUUCUUCGUUUGCAACACAAAAUCAUUGAACCAGUUCCUAUGCAAUAUUCCAUUAUAGGCCUAGCUAUUGAAAAGAAAAUGAUUUUGUGUAUUUCUCUAAGUUUAUACUUCCCUACAAAAUGAGCUUCAAUCUUUUGCCCAGGUGGCUUCAACCAAGAAGGAAAUUGUGUUUUCCUAUCGUUGCGUUUUUGAAAGUGAAAUGAAACCAGUACCACGAUGUACAAGUAAAUUUUCUCAGAGAUAAUGACCCAUAAUGACGUCAUAAUUUAAUUCCGUGGCUCUAACUCAAAGAUUUUUAGGCCCUACUCAAUCAAAUUAAUUGAUAGAGAACACAUUUUAUUGUGGGGCAAUAUAACGCUUUAUAUGAGUGGAAUGGAAUGCGUUUCUGCCGUCACCAACACCCUUUCUACAACUAACGUUGGCAAAGGAAUCAUCUCAAAACUUAGAGCGUGAGCACAAUAUGAUUCCCCACUGUGAACAGAUCAUAAAACCGUCAUCCGAUUGGCGGCUAAGUUUUGUGUCUAUCAAUCACUUUCAUUGGUUAAAACUGUGCGCAUGCGUAUAAAUGAAUUAGUCGUGCCGAUAUUUAAAAAGCAGUGGAAAGCAAAAUGCUUGCAUUGUUAAUAAAUGACUGUUCUGCAUGAUCAAAAUGUAUAGUUAGUAUCACCAUGAAGGUAUAAUAUUACUCUACAUUAGGCUUUUCGAGUGGACAUUACCAGUGGUCGAGUGGACAUUUGAGGCCGAAAACCUCGGCAAAUUGGUUGCUAGUAGUUAUUGGUCAGUUAUUAUUUUUGAUCGUGUACAAUUCUGUAUUGGAAAAGCAGCGUAUCGACGGCAAAAAACAAUCAUGGACGGCUUCUCGUACGAAUAUAUUAAUUUAUCGUAUUCCUACAUUGAUCUGGAAUGUGUCAGUUUAUUUGGAGAACGAAGUGUAAUCAUAAAACUUACGCUCAUAAUAUUAUAUGCCUUGAUAAUUUUUGUAUGCGGUGUCGGGAACAGUUUGUUGAUAAUAAUUAUUCUAUCUCGCCGUCGUCUGCGUAGUGUGACGAACCUGCUGAUUGCAAACCUUGCGUUCUCGGACUUGUUGCUUGCCAUUUGGUGCGCACCAUUCAACUUCCACAACAAGCUGAUAGAGCACUGGAUAUUCGGGCCUGUGUUGUGUACUAUCAUGAACUCUGUGCUGAUGAUAUCCAUGUUCGCAUCCGUCAAUACAUUGCUCGUGAUCUCCAUUGACAGAUAUCAUGGAAUAUUUCAUCCACUAAGGCCACGAAUGAGGAAGUCCACUCUGUCUUUGAUCAUCGUUCUAAUUUGGGUUGUCUCUUUCCUGGUAUGCAUCCCGACACUUCUAUACGCUAAAACUGAAAGCGGUUGGGAUUGCAAAACCAAAAGGGAAGUCGUAUCAUGUGUCGAAUACUGGAAGGACACACAUCCGUACGCCAUGCCAUCGUAUUUAAUGUUCAUUGCCGUAUUCGAAUUUUUGAUUCCAAUGUUGAUUAUGUCCUUCAUUUAUGUGCGCAUCGCACUCCAGCUGUGGUUGCACAGAGCGCCACCAGGCUACGUAACAUCCGAACGCCAGCGUGAAAUAACAUCCAUCAGGAAACAGAAGACCAUACCAAUGCUAAUUACCGUGGUCGUUGCCUUCGGUAUAUGCUGGGCACCGUGGCACGUUUACAACCUCUUGCAGGCUUUCCACUUUCAAUAUAAUCUCGACUCGGAGUUCUCCAAUCACGUACCAGUAUAUUCCAUUCUCGAAGGAGUAGCAAUGUUCAACUGUGUCAUCAAUACAAUAGUUUACUUUGCUCUCAGUCCCGUGUUCAGAAAAGAACUGGGAACGAUCUUUCACAAGAAAUGCCCAAUGUCACGGCGGCGACCAGACCACACCAUCGUUCCGAAGACGACGUCAAACGUAACGGGUACGACGCGCACACCUAGCCAGACGUCUCAGAUACGCAACGGCUACAAUGUCAUUAAAAAGACUGAUACAAAUGAAUCAAAGGUCUAAAAUUAAACAAGAGCAAGAAUUUCGAAAUGUUACAAUGGGGGAGGGGAAAGUUGCGCACCCGUGUUUUAUUACCCUAUCUUGCGACUACAUUCCGACGUGUCUUGAGCCGGUGUUGUGCUAUGCACCAAACACUUAUAGAUACUCCUUGUAUAAUGUACAUAAAAUUAUGUACAUGACAUAAAAUCGACGCAGUUGAUGAGCAAACAAAAAAACACGAAAUAUAUAGUUUUAACUGGUGGAUUGCCACGGUAUUGUGGGAAUGUGGAAUAUAAUUGUUGCAAUGUAUUGAAAUUUAGAAACAAAAACAACAAACAAAUUAAGUCAGUAUAUUGUAAUUGGCCAUGAAUGCAUCAAUAUGCUUUUAUUAGGCCACAUUACGUCAAUUGUCUCUUUGGCUUUUGAACACAAAGGUUAACGAACUUUUCUUAAUGGACAUGGCCAUAGGUAAGGGGAAGGUAAUGAAUAAAAUAAACAAAGUAAAAAGUAUACAAGAAACGAGAGUAAUAUAAUAUAAUAUAUAGAUAUAUAUAUAUAUAUAAAUUAUAUAUAUAUAU